AAAACCCUUUUGAGAGAAUUCACCACCAUCUUGUUUGUUUCCCUGUUGAUGAUUAUAUACAGGUAGACUGAAAUUAUUUUUAUUUUUAUUUAUUAUUUUCUUUUUUAUUUUCGUUGAAAGCUGUAAGUUAAGGAGGAAGAGGAGAGAAUCCUAUCGGAAUUGACAUAUGCUGGGUGGUGGAGAACCGGGCGGUGGCCAUGGUGCUGCGGCGGGGCCCAGCGGAGCUCAUGAAGACGGUGGCAGUGGACCAGUUGCUGCAGCAGCUAGUGCCAUGUUUGGCUCAACAAGCAAUAACAAUAAUUCCGGUGAGGAUGAUAAAGGUAGGGUUGACGACAGUGGCGGCGGAUUCGGAGGAAACCGGUGGCCGAGACAGGAGACCUUGGCUCUCUUGAAAAUUCGGUCCGAUAUGGACGUGGCCUUCCGUGACGCCACUGUCAAGGGUCCGUUGUGGGAAGAGGUUUCCAGGAAAUUAGCGGAGCUUGGUUAUAAUCGAAGUGCCAAGAAAUGCAAGGAGAAAUUCGAGAAUGUUUACAAGUACCACAAGAGAACCAAAGAAGGCCGCACCGGAAAACAAGAUGGGAAAACUUAUCGUUUCUUUGAUCAAUUAGAGGCUCUUGAAACUCAUCAUUCCAUCUCAUCUCCUGCUGCUGCAGCUGCUGCUCCUCCUCCACGGGCGGUCCCCACAACCAUGCCGCCGAAUCCACCUCCUCCUAGCCUCCACCAUGUCGCUGUUCCAUCAACAACAACUUCUUCUUUUCCACAAAACAUUGUGACCACCACCGCUUCGAUUCCAUCAUCAAACCCUACAAUUCAACUUCCGCUCCAGAUGGCGAACCCUAUAAUAAAUCAUCCUCAGCAAACAUUUUCUCAUAACAUUUCAUCAGCGGAUUUAAUGUCGAACUCAACCUCCUCGUCUACCUCGUCGGAUGUAGAGUUGGGAGGGCGGCAUAAGAGGAAGAGGAAAUGGAAGGAUUUCUUUGAGAGGCUGAUGAGGGAGGUAAUGCAGAAGCAGGAGGAUAUGCAGAAGAAAUUUCUGGAAGCCAUAGAGAAACGAGAGCACGAUAGAGUGGUGAGAGAAGAAGCUUGGAGGAUGCAAGAGAUGGCAAGAAUCAAUCAUGAGCGCGAGAUUUUAGCUCGAGAAAGAUCCUUAGCUGCAGCCAAAGACACAGCGGUUAUGACAGUCUUGCAGAAACUAUCUGAACAGCAAAAUCUAGGACAGCUGGUGCAAAACCACCCUCCACAGGCACCACCAGUAGUAGCAUCUCAGCAACCAGCUGUGGCUGCGCCUGCACCAGCUCCUCCACCGCAACCAACACCUACACCAGGACAAUCAUCACUUUCUAUUAAUGCCCCAGCACCACCACCACCUCCAACAGCGGUGACAAAUUUAGACCUAUCUAAUAUUGAUAAUGGGGGUCAGAAUUCCCCAGCACUGAGUUCAUCAAGAUGGCCUAAAGUUGAGAUUGAAGCGCUAAUCAAGCUACGGACUAGUCUUGAUGCUAAGUACCAGGAAAAUGGUCCCAAAGGUCCACUAUGGGAGGAGAUCUCUACCGGUAUGAAAAGGCUUGGUUACAAUCGGAACUCGAAAAGAUGCAAAGAGAAAUGGGAAAACAUCAACAAGUACUUCAAGAAGGUGAAGGAAAGCAACAAGAAAAGGCCAGAGGAUUCGAAAACUUGUCCCUACUUUCACCAACUUGAUGCUUUGUACCGCGAAAGGAACAAAGUAGACAAUUCUUCUAGUAGUCAGAUAAAGCCAGAAAAUUCAGUCCCAUUGAUGGUACGUCCAGAGCAGCAGUGGCCUCCUGCUCCUCCCUCUUCUGAGCCUGAAAACCGACAUGAUUCAGUUAUGGAAGAGAUAGAAAGCGAGCACGAAGAAGACAAGGAUGGCGAUGAUGAAGAGGAAGAUGAAGGAGGUGAGUACGAGAUAGUGGCGAGCAAACCAGUAUCAAUGGGGACCGGUGAGUGAGAUGAAUAAUGUCAUGUGAAAAAAGGCAAUUUUUUCAGGUACCGGAAAAAUGGUAAAUUUGGAGUUGGAGUUUCAAGUUGAAGUGCAUUUUAAAGGUAAUUAAGAACAUACAUUGGUGGGGGUUGUAGCAUAUAGGAUCAAUGGGGAUUAUAUGUUUAUUUUUAGAAUUUAUUUAUUUUUUGGCUAAAUAAAUAAGUUGAUCGUGAUAGAGAGGGUUGGUGUUUAAUUCAAGUCUCCACAUAACAAACCGGGAAAAAAAAAAAAAAAAAGACACUGUUGGUGUUUGAGUAUGUUUCAUGGUGGCUGUAAAUGUGAAAAAACGAGUUACUAGCAUUUUCCCUUUACUUUUUUCCUAAUUUCGGCUUUAUAAAAAUUAUAACUUUCU